CUUCUUCCCUCUCCCGGAAAACGCCUUCCUUUACUUGGCCUUCAGCUUCGGACUCCAAACCUAGCCUCGGACCCGAACCUCGGUUUUGUUCCUCUGUUCGUUGAAAAUUUCGCUCACUAUUUUGAUAACUUUAUCUCUCUCUCUCUCUCUCUCUGAGCUCUCAUUCCUAAACCCUCUAUCUCUCUUUCGAUUCAAAACCCCAGAUUAAGAAACUUUCGAACCCCUGGAGGAUCGAUUUGGAGCUCAAAUUGAGGCGUCAACGUGAAAAAUGAGAUUUGAGUGACUGGAAUGUGGCUAUUUGGGUGACAAUUGAUGAACCGAGAAGAGGUAGCGAGUUUCUUCUGACAAAAUUUAAGCUGCUGAAUAUCUGGUGGGGUGGGUUAUCUAUGCCUGGCAACGAAGUUGGAGAUAGGAUCCACAAUUUCUUUGGGCAGGAUAACUGGUCCCAGGGCCAGCACCAAGCACAGGCUGUUGAUGGGACAUGGAAUGGAUUAAAUAAUAUUCCCUGGGCUGGAAGUCACUGGCAGAUUGGCACAUCUCUUAUUUCUAACUUAAAAAAUGACAAUGUACAUCAACCAGGGCCUGAGUUUGCUAGAAGCCAGCCUGAAAGCCAACAGCCACCUUUGAAUGGCUAUAUGCAUGGUCAUCAAGUUCUCCCAUCAAGGCAGAAUGAAGCAAGCUUUGUGGGAGUGGAUAUAGAAUCUGAUCGGCGUAAUAUGUCUUCAAAAGGCUUUUCAAUGCUUGAUUCACAGCUAGGAAAUGGUCCUGAUUUUCUUAAGAAGAAUUCAGCCAGGAUGGAUUUUAAUGAAUCUCCAGUUAAUUAUGAUUUUUUCAGAGCUCAGCAGCAAAUCAGCAGCCAGCAUUCUGGUAUGCUGCAACCUUUUCCUAGGCAACAGCCAGGGAUUAGUGACAUGCAGCUGCUACAGCAACAAUUCAUGCUCAAGCAAAUGCAAGAAAUGCAGAGGCAGCAGCAACUUCAGAAGCAACAAGAUGCUAGGAAGCUGAAUUCAGUGAAUCCGGUUUCCACUUUUGCAAAACAGGCAGCUGGCAACUCACAGGCUUUGAUCAAUGGAAUUCCUAUUCAUGAAACAUCGAAUUUUUCAUGGCAGCCUGAGCUUAUGGCAUCUAGCUCACACUGGCCGCAGCGAGGUGCGCCUCCAGUUAUGCAAGGAUCCUUUAGAGGACAUAUGUUUUCCCCUGAACAGGGCCAGGCAACCGCAUGCUUAAUGGGUAUGGUUCCACAGCAUGUGGAUCAAUCUCUUUAUGGUGUCCCAGUCUCUGGAACAAGAGUCAGUUCAAAUCAGUAUUCUCCUGUCCAAAUGGAUAAGUCCUCAAUGCAGCAGAUAUCAGGCAGCAGUAGCUCCUUACCAAGCAAUCAGUAUCCUGGAUUUCCAGAGCAGGUUAAUGUGCAAGAUGGAACUUUGGUUUCUAGACAGGGAUAUAAGGGAAGAAAUAUGAUCACUUCUUCUGAUGGUCAUGGUAUAGAUAGUGAAUUUAAUUUGGAAAAAUUGCAGCAGCAAGUGAAUCCCCAGCAAAGCAAUGGGCUAGUGCAAGAAACUUGCUCGAGGCAAGACCUGGCUGGUCCAUCAGAAACAUCACAAGAGGAAACAGCUGUACAGGUUGCUCCUUCCCAGAACAAGGCUACCCUAGAUCCAACUGAAGCUAUGAUUUUGUUUGGGUCAGAUGAUAAUUUAUUGGAUACCUUUGGCAGGGGUGCUAGCAUGGGUUCCGGUGGUUACAAUAUGCUGGAUGGAACAGACUUUUUCAGUACAUUGCCCUCUGUUCAAAGUGGGAGCUGGAGUGCCCUUAUGCAAUCUGCUGUUGCAGAAACUUCUAGUGGUGAUACUGGGCAAAAAGAAGAGUGGAGUGGUCUGACUUGCCGAAAUAAUGAACCUCCAGCUGGGAAUCAGCAGAAUCCCACUGUAAAUGAUAGUAGCAAACAGCACUCAAAUUGGGCUGAUAAUAGCUUGCAAUCGGCCUCUAGCUUAAACUCUCGACCCUUCCCUGUGUCUCAUAAAACCAAUACAGGUAUGAGUUAUAAUAAUACACCAGGGGCUCAUCAAUCUGGAGUCAAUACUUCACAUGAACACAGUGAGAGGUUGCAGACUGGUUCUCCUCAUACACAUAUUCAACAGUUUCCAGGGGAUGGAACCAAGCUUUCAGAUAGGAGCCUCCUACAAAAGGCAGCUGCCGAAGGCAGUCAUUUUUAUGGAAAAGCUACCCAUUCUUCAGACGCAGAAUUAAAUGCAAAGAGCAUUCAAGGCCCUUGGGCCAAUCAACAGAGCAUGCCAUCUUAUAAUUCCAGUGGCCAACCAUUACGUAGUCCAAGUGGCUGGAACUUCAUGGAUUCUGCAUCUUCCAUCACAACUGCUGCUUUGAAAAAUCAGGGAAACGAAAAAUCAUGCCAAGAUUCUCAGGCUGCUGAUAAAAAAAGUCCCUUGUUUGAGGUGAUGAGUCAUGGUUCUGAUAAAUGGAAGGCUACUUCUGUUUCUAAUUCAAUUACUGAAUUGGAAUGUGCAAAAUCUUCCAUGAGAAGCCCACUGGUCAACAAAGAAGAUACUAACCGGAAUAAUGUUGCUGCAUUGCUAGAUUCAAGCACUGAGAGGGCUGAUACAGAAAGCAGUCAACAGCUUCCAAAAGUUAACAAUAUUGAUAUCUGGAAACAUGCUGGUUUGUCAGUGAACCAUAAAGGAACUGAAAUUCCUGGAAAGUACCAACCUCAUAUGGUUAAGAAUGAUCAACCUUUUGAGUCAUCAGGAAAUAGUAGUUUAGCAAAUGGGGCAGUUGAAACUCACAAAAUGCAGGGCUCAAAUACAGAUGAAAACGCAACCAAUAGCUUCCCCAGUACAACCCACCAGGCUUCCACUUUUGGUGUGAGGGAAAAUGCAUGGUUAGGUGCAAAUGAUUCUUUUUCUUUGCCUGGAGGAAAACAAAAGUCAUCCAUUAAUAUAGGUCAAAAGCCAUCUGGAAUUCGUAAAUUUCAGUAUCAUCCCAUGGGGGAUCUGGAUAUUGACAUGGAACCUUCAUAUGAAACAAAACAUGUUGCAAAUUCACAGGUCACGCCUCAGCAGUUUUCUCAAAGGUUAAAUGGUCUUGACCAAGGGUAUAUUGGGCAGCCAAACUUUCCUAGUCAUGUAGCUAGAGAUUCUGUUGAAAUUGAGAAGGGUCAUUUAUGUGGCUUUCAAGGAGAAACAAAAGGCUCAGAUGAGAUUCCUCCAAAAAGCAUUCGUCCAGAUUCUGCACCUGGCUUGUCUACUCCCUUUGACAGAUUUGUUUGCUCACCAAAUAAAACCAUUUCAAGCAGUCAGAAUAUGCUAGAGCUUCUCCACAAGGUGGACCAAUCAAGGGAACAGGGAAAUGAAAUGCACUUUAGUUCUCUGGACUGCAACCAGUCUACUGAGAUGCCUGAAGCUGAAACUCUUGAUGCAUCUUUUCACUUUCAGAAGAAUCAAUCUUCUGCUUCUCAAACUUUUGGUUUACAACUUGGGCCUCCCUCCCAACAGUUGCUCAUCCCAGAGCACGCCCUUCCUUCUCAGAACCCCUCAAAUGCGAUGAAUUCUACAUGGUUGGCUCCUACACCCUCUUUUCAGUCUUUAAUUCCACAUGAAACUUCUCAUGGACAUUUGAGGAAUGCUAUUUGCAGCACCUCGACACAUGCUGGCAGUGGUGCUCAGAGAAAGUUUCCUGCUGUCUUUUCCCCUGGUUUCCCUUACUCAAGAAGUCAUCCUUCCACUCAGCACAGGACUGAUACAGGUGGACAAGCAACAACCAGUGAAUCUGUUAAUGAAUCUUUUGAUCGAUUUUCUUCUCAACCAAAACAGACGGAGGAGUCUUCUAAGAGAGGUCAAACUAAUCAAUCUACAAUACCAUUGGUGCUUGGCACAUCUAGGCAUACUUCAAAUAAUGAUAAUGCCUCCUCUUCUGAGAUGUCCCAGCCGAGUAGCAACAACCAAAAUCAUGCAAGAGAUUCUGCUCAACAAUUCCCGGUGCUGGAAGCUGCACCAGCUCCAGCUUCUCAGCGCAAUGCUUUAUCACAAGACGCCAUUUCUUCAAAAACAUCACCUACUAUGUGGACCAGUGUUCCAACUCAGCUACGUCCAUUUGGCUCUCAGCCGUUUCAGGCUCUGUCCAACAUGUUUAAACCCAAUCUUCAAUCACAUAACAGUUCAGGCACAUCUUUCUCUCAACCACAGAAGCCAGAAGAUCAAAUUAUGCAAACUGGAGGAAGCAGUCAAGCUGAACCUGGUGUCUGUUCGAUGAAUUCACAUGGUUUUGUUGAGAAAGAGCAACUGCCAAAAGGAGACCACUUGCGGCAAGCUUCACCUGAGAAUGAUCGGGCCCAGAAGACAGUGAGUGCUUCACAUGAUAAAGACUCUAUUGUGAGUCAUCUUGCUGAAACAUCUCUUUCAAACCUGGCCAGUACUCGGAAACAAAUUGAAGCUUUUGGCCGAUCUUUAAAACCCAACAAUACUUUGCAUCAAAAUUACUCCCUACUGCAUCAAAUGCAGGGCAUGGAAAAUGCAGGGCUCAAUCAUGGUAAUAGAAGUUUGAAUAGAUUCAAAAGUCCUGAUGGUUCUGUGGAUCCUCAGCUGGUAGCUACUCAGGGAGAUCAGCAGUUUUAUGGAUUCAAUAAUAUGGUCAGAGAUGCAUCAGCAAAUCAUGCUUCAAUACCUCCUGGAGAUUCCAAAAUGCUAAGCUUUUCAGGAAAAACAGCUGAUACUAAUGACACAAAUUUACCCUCAAAGGAAGUGCUUGCAUUUAGUCGGAAUGAUUCCCAGAGUUCCGCUAAUAGCAACGGUGAAGUUUCUGUCAGAGAUGAACAUUCCCAGAUUAGUCCCCAGAUGGCUCCAUCAUGGUUUGAUCAGUAUGGUACCUUUAAAAAUGGACAGAUAUUACGAAUGCAUGAUGCUCAAAGAACUGUCACCGUGAAGACUUCAGAACUGCCUUUCACCACUGGAAGACCUGAUGAUCCAUUGCAUGCUCAUAGUUUGAUUGAGCAAGGAAAUGCUGCUGUUGCUAGCCAUUUUGGUAUAGUCCAAAAGAGUUCAACCCGCCCAUCAAUAGCUUGUGAGAAUUUUUCUUCCCCUCAGUCAUUGCAGCCUGAUUCUGCUGAUGUGAGUCUGGUGGUUAUGAGACCAAAGAAACGUAAAAGUUCCAUAUCUGAGCUUCUAACAUGGCAUAAGGAAGUGAUGCAUUGUCCUCAAAGGCUUCAGAAUAUCAGUGUAGCUGAAGUGGACUGGGCACAGGCAACAAAUAGAUUGACAGAGAAGGUUGAAGAUGAAGUUGAAAUGGUAGACAAUGGUCUGCCAGUUCUUAGAUCAAAGAGGAGGCUUAUAUUGACCACACAGCUUAUGCAGAUGCUCCUUCACCCUCCCAUGACAUCAAUUCUCUCUGCAGAUGCUGUUUUGCAUUAUGAGAAUGCUGCAUACUCUGUUGCCAGAUCAACACUUGGAGAUGCAUGCAGCUCACUCUCUUGUACUGGAAGGGAUACUCCUGCGCCUUCCAACAGUGGAGACCACCUGCCGGAGAAGAUAAAAUCAUCUGAGAAGAUUAGUGAUCAAUACUUCUCAAAAGUCAUGGAAGACCUUAUCUGUAGAACAUGGAAGCUGGAGAGUGAUUUGUUGAGAUUGGAUAAAAGAGCAUCAGUUUCAGACCUGAGAGUGGAAUGCCAAGAUCUAGAGAGGUUUUCUGUUAUCAAUCGAUUUGCGAAGUUCCAUGGCCGGGUUCAAGGUGAUGGGGCCGAGAGCUCAUCAUCCUCGGAUGCAUCUGUAAAUGCCCAGAAAUCCUGUCUUCAGAGAUAUGCCACUGCUCUACCCAUGCCUAGGAAUCUUCCUGACAGGGUACAAUGUCUUUCGCUAUGAUAAUUGAUUCUCUCUUCUUGGUCAAUUUCUCCACGUCCUGUGUUUUUUGAUCAAUUUUCGCCUAAGCUAUAUACUGGCCCUUACUCACCAUAGACCACACACUGGGGAUGGAGGAGGUUGGAUGCUAGAUUGCCUCCUUAAAUAAAACGGAGGCUGUUAGAUCUUUUGAUGUAGGCCAUUGAUGUCAUUCUUGAGAAAUAUAAUCUGGACUUGUAAAUUGAAUGUCUAGAGAGAAAUUGGGGUUCCCCAUAAUUUUUUCCAGUAAAUGGGGAGAACAGACGUGCAGUCUGAUUUAGCAAUGGUGUUUACACGUUUAAAAAAUUUAGUCGUGCUCUUGCUUAAAUCUUUUGGUAAUGGGUUUCUAUCCAUGAAAUAAGGAUUGUUUGGGAAAGAGGUGGUAAAUGAACGCUGUGGUGCUAAUGAUGUCACUAGUCGUUUUCCCAGAUAUUCUGUACAAAUUGGUUUAGUUUCACCAGGAUUGGGCAUGCAAUUUUUUGCCCAGGAGCUCCCGUAACAUGCAAUGGUGCCGAGGUCAGUUUCGUGGACAGUUGCAAUUCUCCACAAUUGUAUUCCUGACAAAUGCCUAUGUUAUUAUUUAAUUUUUGGCCUCUCUGGUGGAUGUACUUCUAGGAAUAAUGCUCUUUUGGGGAUCUUAUUCCCUCUAAUCUUGCUCGGACUUGUUAAAAGAUUUUCUCAUGCUCCCUCAUGUACAGCAGACAUGGGCACUCAAUGGAGAUUCAUGAUAAUGGCACAUGAAUGCAUCAUCUUGUUAGUGUUUCUUUUAAUUUGAGAAUUUGUUUAAUUCUUUGUCA